AGUCCCCCGGGCCAAGCGAAGAUGGCGGCGAUGACGGGCCAGGCUCCGCGUUAAGUAGGUCCAUCCCCGUACAGUGCAGCAUGAAUCUGGCUGAGGCAGUGUGGAUGUUGUAAUGGUAACCAGGGCGCUGGCAUUCCCAACGUGGCUGGAUCAUAGGGAAUCGCCCAAUCGCAAAGAGAAUCAGGUGGUGAAUGCUGUAACAAAAGGGGGAAUAGACCCCUCAUAUUAACAAUGGCCCUAGUUACUGUGAAGGAACUGCUGAGCUUUGAUUGUGGUUCGCUGGUAGCUUACCAAUUAGAUAAAAACUCUCAGCUGGACUCUAUCAGCUUCCAGACUGUCCUCAUGAGAAACAUAUUUGUGCAUUUUCCUGAUGUCAUAUUCAUCCACAGAACCCACAAUCCCAGGGGCAAAGCUCUGUAUAUGUUCAUGGUGGACAGACCUUUCCUGAAGCUGCAGGGUGAGAUGACUAAGGUAAUUCAUUUUGCUGUCCCAGCUAAAGAAUCUGCAGAAAGCCUGGCUCACAUGUAUAGGACCUUCAAGGCCUUCAACCCUGAGUGGAAGAAAAUUAAGACCUUUCUGGUAGAUCCACACUUUCGAUUGUUGCAGACUCUUUCUGAAGCAUUCCCAUCUGCAGAGGUGCAGCUGUCUGUUUUCCAUGUAUGCAAGCACCUGCAGCAGAAGAUUCAUCAGAUGUCUUUGGAAUGCAUCUCAGAGAGACUGAUCUUAAAUGCCUUGAGGAACACUAUGUGUGCAGCCACUGAAAGCAACCUGAGAAUGAUGCACACAAUCCUGAGUGACUUUGUGAAACCAGACUUGCUUCCCCAGCUUCAUACUCACUGGCUUCUCAAUGACAAGAUAUGGGCUAUGCAUAGAUGGAGGAAUUGGAUGGAAUGCAAUCAGUAUUUUAAAGACUUGGAGAUCAUCACACGGGGCUUAAGCCAGGUCUUCUGCACUGGACUGUCUCUAGAGAUCUGCAUCACUUCUCUAGCGAAACACUACCAGAAGUGUGUUUCAAAGAGGCCCCCUGAUGCUGUGUUGUUCUCUGUUAACCCUCUUAGCAGUACCAUGUCUACUGAGACUGUUUUUCAGAGCCUACCAGCUCAGGACUCGCCACCAACCUCUCACAACCCCCAAAUAGCUCUUCAGAAUCAACCAGCUCAGAGUUCUCCACCAGUUUCUCCCAGUCUCACAGCAGCUCAUCAGAAAUGGCCGGGUCAGAAUUCCCCUCCAAAUCCCCUAGUGGUUCUUCCACAUCCCCUGCCAGCUCCUCCAAGCCCCCUGCUUCUUCAGAAUCAGCUGGCAGCCCCUCAGAUCUUCCCUUUUCAGAACCAGCCAGCUCAGUAUUCUUCACCAGUUUCUCUCAAUCUCACAGCAGCUCAUCAGAAAUGGCCAGGUCAGAAUUCCCCUCCAAAUCCCCUGGUUCUUCAGAAUCCCUUGCCCGCCCCUCAGAGUCCUCUGCUUCCUCAGAACCAGCUAGCAAACCCUCAGAGCCCCUUGGAUCCUUUAUCCCAUGACAUUAAACUGGAGAUCAUCACUGAAGACCCAAAGGGUGACCAAGAUGUGGAGUGUAACCAAGAGACUGAAGACUGCAUCAGGCAGUCACUGAGAGACAUUUGCACGGAGCCGGCAGCCAGAUUAUGCUUGAACGAGUUUGCAGUGGCACAGAAGUCUGUGCAGCUAAUAGGCACCAAUGAAGACAUAGUCAAUAUACAGAUCCUCGAAGACACCCACAAAGUGAACCAAAGGGGCCUGAAAAGCUGCACUUGCCACUUCAGUCAAGCUUUCCAGCUGCCCUGCAGGCACAUCCUGGCUGUGUUGAACUCUGAUAAGAAGAUCUUACAGCCGGAGAUGCUGAGUGAGCAAUGGCAGAAGGAACCUAAUAUCUCUCAAACAGGGCAAAAUGGCACUGAUGGCCUCUUGGAGGUUCUGAAAAGCUCCUGGAAUGAGUCCCUGGAUAAAUCCUUAGCAGUGUCCUUUCUUACAGCGGAGAUUAGCCGGCUUCUUACCCAGUGCAGCAGCGAGGAGUUUGAUCGGAGAUACAACACCCUCCGAGAAUUGGCCGAUAGCUGGAUUGGACCUUAUGUUCAGGUGAAGCUAUAGUUCAGAACUGAGAGCUCCGUGCCUCUGCUCUCAGCCUCUUCGAGGUGUGACUCUCCUGCUUUCUGGGCCUCUGGGAGAAGUGAGGUGUGAAAUACUAUAAAAACGUCUGAUUAAAUGUAAUUCCUCCA